GCUCAGCGAAAAGCAGCCCUUCGAAAAAAACUUCAAAAAAUAUAUUUGCCUGGCAAACUAUUUUUUUUUGUGGCGCCAACUGGCGGCGAUUUGAAAAAUAAACUUUCAAGAACCAUUUUUUUCGUGUGUCGUGAGUGAAAGAAUUAUGGAAAACUUAUGGUAUCGCUAAAAAAACUUUUUAAAUCAUGCCGAGUUAAUAUAAAACAAAAAAUACCGACCAAAAAUAUAACUGAAGCAUAAAACAAUUUUCAAAAAUUAAUCGAUUUUUUUAAAGUGCAAGAUGUAAAAAAAAAAAUUAUAAAAUGUAUAACAUAUAAAUUGAUUAUUUUCGUCACGUGCAAGUUUAGAAAAUAUUCCGAAAAGUUCGAGAUUUCGUUCGAUAUAUAGCACUAAAAAAAUCAAAAAAUCAAUUACUAAUAUAAUUUAGAAUUAUAUAGUAUAAAAUACCAUAUAAAAUAAUCCAUAGCCAACCCUUCUUAAUGGCUGGUCCGUUUAUAUCGCCGUUGCCCGGCGAUCUGCUCACGGAGUACAUGUUCGGCCGGAGGCGACAACGCCGGAACCGGACGACCUUCACGCCCCAGCAGCUGCAGGAGCUGGAGGCCCUGUUCCAGAAGACCCACUAUCCCGACGUGUUCCUGCGCGAGGAGGUCGCCCUGAGGAUCAGCCUUAGUGAGGCACGCGUCCAGGUAUGGUUCCAGAACCGGCGUGCCAAGUGGCGCAAGCAGGCGCGCCUGCAGCUGCUCCAGGACGCCUGGCGGAUGCGGUGCCUCAGCCUGGGCACGCCCCCAGUCAUGGGCGGCGGAGCGGUGCAGGGGGGAUCCGGUGCUCCCGGUGCACCAUCCCGACCUGCCAGCCAAACGCCCGAGAACCUCUCCUCCGCCGGCAAGGAUGCCGACCUGGGGGAGGUGGGCAAUGGACCCAGUUCCGGCAGCUUCACCAUGAUGCAUCCGGCAUUCCAGCAACACCAGCAGCAGCAACAGCAGCAGCAGGGACACCAACAGCAGGCGCAGGAUCAGGAGAAGCUAUCGAAGACCUACACGGAGCUGAAACUCUACAAGGCGCCCACGCAUGGCAUGGAGCUGGGCGGGAUCAGCGCCCUCUCCGGACACUCCGACGAGGGCUCCGAUGGCUCUGACUCCGAGGAGAUCGAUCUCACCUCCGGCGCCUGUAUCGAUUUCUCGCAGAGCAGCAAGCUCCAGCAGCAACAGCAGAGCAGCCAGGGAGCAGGAUCAGCGGAGGCGAAUGGCGUUCUUUAGACAGGGAUCAAGGAUAAAGAUUCGCACAGAGGAACAGAUACAGAUACGGCUUCGGAUGCGGAUAAAGAUACAGCUACUCACAAUCGUACAGUGCUCACUCGCUAAAAUAUAUUUUACAUAUAUUUCCAAGACCCGUUUAAAGAACCCAAUAUGAAAUGUUAUUCAAUAACCUUUACUAGAGCGAGUGGUUGAUAAUUUUGAUUUUUUCUAUUACUGAUCCAAUAAAAAGGGGGAUUUUAUUCAACGUAUUAAUGUAAAUUUUUAACACUUCGCAUUUGAAAGCCUUUGUUUCGAUCGAACACUGUACGCAAUAAUAUGGCGGUGUAUAUAAAGGACAUUUAAUGUGCAUUUUAUUUAAUCAUUUACAUCUGUAUAAGC